AUGGGUUUCGACAUCUUCGACGAGCCGGCACCCGAGACGACAAUGAGCAUGCUCUCGAUGUGCGUGAAGAUGGUCCGCCGUGCUCAGCAUGCCCCUGAAGCGCCAAAGGAGAAGAUCAAGAUCGAGCCAUAUGUGCAAACGGCUUUGGCGCCGUGGCACUACAAGGGGCUGCGCGUGAGAAAAACGAUCCGGUGCUGCCGCAUGGUGGAGCCUCCUAAACGGGACGAUGACUCCGCGACGGAUCCGGAGAUGCCUGAGUUGAUCCCGGUCACGCCGAAUUGGUUGUACUCACCGUCUCCUGAAGAAUUUGUUGAGGUGCAGGGCAUCGACUUUUGA